AUGAACAUAUCUGGAAGAGAAAGAAAACUAAUAAACAAUUCCAACAUCUACAACGCAUGUAAUGGAGACUAUCACGUGAAAAGGAAUAUUAAUAGAAAAUAUAUAGUGGAGAACAGAGACUCUAUAAAUCAUAAAUUGGUAAAAACUCCUCAAGGUAUAAAACUUAUCAUUGAUAAAUCAUCAUCUGAUUUGGAUCAAGUAUUUCAAAAGUAUGGAAGAUCAAUACCACCAGAUGAAAUAUUGGAAAUGAUGAAACCGGGGAAUUUAAAAAUACCGAUAGUUGAAGAUCCUUUGUUACCAAAUUCAGAUUUAUUAAAUUCCAUACAUUAUUACUUGUCUAAAAAAUACAGUCAUGAGGAAUUAACACUGGCAAACAAAAGAUUGAAAAGAUCAAAAACGAAAUCUGCUGAUGGAGGUAGAAAAGCACUUAGAUAUGAUAAGUAUUUGGAAUCAAUGGAUGAACUGAGUUUAAUAUUCAUGGGAAUGUUAAUAGAAUCCUGGUGUGAUGAACUAAUUACUGAUGAAGUUUGUAAGAUGUAUUUGGAGAGAGACCCAGCUUUGAGUGAUGAUGACAAAGAUGAAAAAUUACAAGAGCAUGGAACUGAUAGCGAAUGUGAAGUCGAAGAUGAUUAUACUAAUGAGAUAGAGGAUGACAAAAUCUCGUCUUGA